UGCUCAGCUCCUAGCACCCCGGGCGUGGUGAGGAUGUCGGCCAUCCCCGAGGCGCUGGGUCGCCCGCGGAGCAGCUCCUCUCGCAGCCUGGCUGGGACGCUGGAGUCCACCCUGGGCAUGGGGACGUUGGAGAUGGAGAAGGAGGAGAUGCGCAUCCUCAAGGUCUGCUUCUACAGCAACAGCUUCAACAUGGGGAAGAACUUCAAGUUGGUGAAGUGCCCUGUGACGACGGAGAUCCGGGAGGUGAUCAGGUCCAUCCUGGUGAGCGGCCGCAUUGGGCCCGACAUCAAGUUGGCUGAGUGCUACGGGCUCCGCCUGAAGCACGUGAAGUCGGACGAGAUCCACUGGCUGCACCCUGACCUGACGGUGGGUGAAGUGCAGGAGAAGUACGAGUGCCUGCACUUGGAGGCCGAGUGGAGGUACGAUCUCCAAAUCCGCUAUCUGCCGGAGGAUUUCAUGGAGCGCUUCAAAGAGGACAGGACCACCUUGCUCUACUUCUACCAGCAGCUCCGGAGUGAGUACAUGCAGAAUUAUGCCAGCAAGGUGAGCGAAGGCAUGGCCCUACAGCUGGGCUGCCUGGAGCUCAGGAGGUUUUAUAAGGACAUGCCUCAAAACGCGCUGGAUAAGAAGUCCAACUUCGAGUUCCUGGAGAAGGAGGUGGGCCUGGACCUCUUCUUCCCCAGCCAGAUGCAGGAGAACCUGAAGCCCAAGCAGUUUCGGAAGAUGAUCCAGCAGACCUUCCAGCAGUACGCGCUGCUGCGGGAGGAGGAGUGCAUCCUCAAGUUCCUCCACACCCUCGCCACCUUCGCCAACAUCGACCAGGAGAGCUACCGCUGCGAGCUCAUCCAAGGGUGGAACAUCACGGUGGACCUGGUCAUCGGACCCAAGGGCAUCCGACAGAUGACAAGCAAGGAGGCCAAGCCCACCUGCUUGGCCGAAUUCAAGCACAUCAAGUCCAUCAAGUGCUCCAGCGUGGAGGAGGGCCGGGCUGUGCUGCAGCUGGGGCUCAGCGGCACCCCCCAGUCCCUGGCUAUCAAGACAGCUUCUCUGGCCGAGGCGGAGAACAUGGCUGACCUCAUUGAUGGCUACUGCCGGCUGCAAGGGGACUUGGAAACCUCGCUCAUCGUCUUCCCCAGGAGAGAGCGGGAAAAGAGGAUCAGCCUGCCACAGAUCCCAGCCCCGCACCUGGAGGACAGGCAGUCCACGCUGUCGGACAGCGUGAGCGUGGACUCUGAUAUUUAUGCUGAAAUCCCUGAUGAGUCUUCAAGACCGAGGUCUGGAGUCCAGCACUACAGGAUCUCCCGGGAGGACAUCACGUUGGGCAGGAUUCUUGGGGAAGGCUUCUUCGGCGAGGUCUACGAGGGGAUCUACACCACCCCGAAAGGGGAGCCGGUCAAUGUGGCUGUGAAGACCUGCAAGAAGGACUGCAGCCCGGAGAACAAGGACAAGUUCCUGAGCGAAGCAGUGCUGAUGAAGAAGCUGGAUCACCCCCAUAUCGUGAAGCUCAUCGGCAUCGCGGAAGAGGAACCCACCUGGAUCAUCAUGGAGCUCUAUCCCUACGGAGAGCUGGGACAAUACCUGGAGCAGAACAAGCACUGCCUCACCGUGCCCACGCUCAUCCUCUACGUGCUGCAGAUCAGCAAAGCCCUGGCCUACCUGGAGGCCAUCAACUGUGUGCACAGGGAUAUUGCUGUGAGGAACAUCCUGGUGGCCUCCCCAGAGUGCGUGAAGCUGGGUGACUUCGGGCUCUCCAGGUACAUCGAGGACGAGGAGUACUAUAAAGCGUCUGUCACCCGUCUCCCCAUCAAGUGGAUGUCGCCUGAGUCCAUCAACUUCCGCCGCUUCACGACGGCCAGCGACGUCUGGAUGUUCGCUGUGUGCAUGUGGGAGAUCCUGAGCUACGGCAAGCAGCCCUUCUUCUGGCUGGAGAACAAGGACGUGAUUGGAGUGCUGGAGAGGGGUGACCGUCUGCCCAAGCCCGACCUCUGCCCGCCCAUCCUCUACACCCUCAUGACGCGCUGCUGGGACUACGACCCCAGUGAAAGGCCCAAGUUCAAGGACUUGGUUUGCAGCUUGAGUGACAUUUACCUGAUGGAGAAGGAGCUGGCCAAGGAGCAAGAGAGGAACAACCGCCACCGGCCUCCCAAAAUCAUGGAGCCGCCGUCCUUCCAGGAGCCACCUCCAAAGCCCAGCAGACCCAGGUACAAGCCACCACCCCAGAGCAACCUCCUGGCUCCCAAGCUGCAGUUCCAGGUGCCCGAGGGUCUGUGUGCCAGCUCGCCUACGCUCACCAGCCCCAUCGAGUACCAGUCUCCAGCCAACUCCCUGCACACCCCGCCGCUCAACCGCCACAACGUCUUCAAGCGCCACAGCAUGAGGGAGGAAGAUUUCCUCUGUCCCAGCAGCAGGGAGGAGGCGCAGAAGCUCUGGGAGAUUGAGAGGGUCAAGAUGCGGCAGGUCCUGGACAAGCAGCAGAAGCAGAUGGUGGAAGACUACCAGUGGCUGCGGCAGGAGGAGAAGUCCCUGGACCCAACCGUGUUUAUGAACAACAACACUCCUCCGCUGCUGCCGGAGAAGGAGACGGAUUACACGGAGUUCACGGGGCCCCCCCAGAAGCCUCCAAGACUUGGGGUGCAGUCCAUCCACCCGGCCCCCACUGCCAACCUGGACCGUACAGAUGACAUGGUGUACAGCAACGUCAUGGACCUGGUGCGGGCCGUGCUGCAGCUGAAAAAUGAGAUCAGCCUCCUGCCCCCAGAGGGGUACAUCCUCGUGGUGAAGAACGUGGGUCUGUGCCUGCGGAAGCUGAUUGGCAGCGUCGACGAGAUCCUGCCCAUCCUGCCCGCGGCCUCCCGCACCGAGAUUGAGGGUACCCAGAAGCUGCUCAACAAGGACUUGGCCGACCUCAUCAACAAGAUGCGCCUGGCACAGCAGAACGCCGUCACCUCGCUGAGCGAAGAGUGCAAGCGGCAGAUGCUGACGGCCUCCCACACCCUCGCCGUGGACGCCAAGAACCUCCUGGAUGCUGUGGACCAAGCCAAGGUCCAGGCCAACCUGGUGAAGCAGUGCUUGGAGUGA